UUGGAUGUGAUUGGAGCUGAUUGGGUAUAAGAUCAAGUUGAACCCGCUAUCAAAAGAAACACGGAUAAUUGAAGAUGAAACGAUCAAUAUCUUUGUCAGAACUGCGCGAGAGUCUCGGGGAUGAAUCGGUUCAGUCUUCAACCCUGCGCAGAGUCAGAUCGCAUGAGAACAUGGAUGGCCACUCCCUCAUGAGCAGCGGUGCUUCGUCACCGUCACUGCAGGGACUCGUGGGUGGUGCGAGGAUGCCGAUGCUCUCAGAGAAAGAAUUGCGAGAUCAUUUUAACAUGCCUCUGAACGAGGUUGCCAAAAAGUUCGGGAUGUGCACCACUGCUUUGAAGAAAUUAUGUAGAAAGUAUGGUGUCAUGCAAUGGCCUCAUCGAAAGCUGAGGAGCUUAGAGAAAAAGAUUGCGUCUUUGAAGGCAGAACAACGAUACACUACAGAUGGCCAAGGGAAUUUGGAUGAAGAAAUAAGAAAAUUGGAGAUGCAACGAGAAUAUCUCUUAACAGGGAACGGUCAAUUGCCCUCGGAAAGUGGCGGUGACACGUGGAGUCCGGGCGGGGAUGACGAUGGUGGCGAUUUUGACAAUGUUUCUGAGACGUUCGAAGCAUAUUCUGGCAUUCAUCGUUCUGUUGAUGAUUUGAAAUUGAAUACAGGAUACUCAAGAUUUGCACCGAAUCGACAAAUGAAAAGAGCAAUUUCAGCAAUGGAAUUCGUGGAAAUGUGCCGAAUAUGAUGAAUGGAAAGUCUGGCAGCAGACCCAGCAACAGCAACUCAAUGCCUAAGAGUUCUUCUAGCAACAGUCUGAACAGGCUGGCAACUGGAGGGACUAACGACGAAAACUCCAAGCAACUUCACGACCGGAUCAAAACCCUGGAAGAUGAGAAUGCGUCGCUGCGUGCACUCUCUCAAGCUUUGAUGUCAGAACGCCAGGAACUCCUCAACAAGUUAGAAUCAUCGUCCUCAGAGAUCGAAAAUCUCAGAAAUCUAUAUUCCAACUUGCAGGCUCAAAUUUUGAUCCAGAAUGGAGGACGACCUGUCAAGACAGAAAACGAACAUAACGGAGGUCAGUAUAUGCAGCAUACAAAUGUGAACCAAGACAACGUGUUCAUAGAAUCGCGCCGAAGACCAGGUGACAACGAUCUGGAUGGCGUGAAUUGGACGCAGGGUUCCAUGUCCCCCAACUUGUUCGCGCAUGGAAUGUCUCCGCACAUGAACUCAGUAGGCAAUGUGAGGACCACCGACAGCCCUGCUACCAAGACAUGGCAGAUGCAAGCACAGCGGCCCGUACCGCCAAUGCCCAGCAACCAUGUUCCUCAGAACUUGUGGCAAUCAGGGGCAAAUCAAGACAACAAUGAGUUACACUCGCUGUCUUGGAUGGCACCAGAUUUCGACUUAGAUCAGCUUCUCUAAACAACCGUUGCAUUCUCUUUCUUGUUUUUUGCACUACCGCCGGUAAAUUCUGCAAUUCC